AUGUCAUUUGAGAAGAAUACAUCGAGAAGGCCCACAGCUACUAUCGGUUCAUGUGGUGUAGAUGGUAUUUCAGUCGUGAGAGUUAUUGACACAUUCGACAGAGAGGGAGAUGCCUUUUCAGAUUCUACAUAUGCUGGAGCUGGGACUUACGCAUGUGCAUUUGAAGAUAAACCUGGCAAGAGGAUUCCUAAAGCUGGAGUUUUUGCAGAAGCUGGAGUUGGACGUGCCAGGGCAGAAUUCAGUGUGUUCGAAGCAGAAGCCAAGGGCCCCAAUGCAGCAGCAGGUGCUGAAAUCAGUGUUGUGGGAGCUUCCGCAAUGGCCAGAGCGGAGGUGGCAAGUGCCUCUGCAUCAGCAGGUCCUUUAGGUGUGAAGGUUGGGCUGGCAGUUGACACAGGGGCUUCUGUAGGAGUGGAUGGAAUUGAGGCAAAGUUCUUGGGAACCGGGUUCUCGGUUGGUCCAAAAACGAGUGUAAGUGUGAUUGGAAGUGAAGUGUCUUGUUCAGUCAUGUAACUAGUAGAAAAGCACACUCAUUUUGAUAAUUAAUCUUUAGACAUGUGUCCUCCUUGCACUGACAGGGAUUAGUCAGUGUGUAAUUGACUGUUGCCGGAAUGUUGUUAUUAGUUUAGUUAUCUACAAGCUUUUGUUUGUUGUUUCUCAAUAUUUCUAUAUGGGCAUUAGUGUUGGAGUAAAACAUUAACAAUGGCAGUGCUGAAUGAAUAAGUAUAAUAUACACUAUAUAGAGUAGUUAAAUACUUUCAAAUGUUUCAAAUAUUCUACUAUUAACACUGAUACCAUUUAUUCUGAGCUUUCUGAGUUUCUAUAGUGUAGCACUUUUUUUCUAUAUCAUAAUAAACUGUAUUAGAAGACUUGGUGAAUAAAGUGCAGCUUCACCUGACAAGGACAUAAAAAAAGUUAACUAGCACAUUAAAAAAUAUAAAUGAACAAUAAUAAUAAUAUAAAACAGUGACAAUUAAAAUCC